AUGAGGGUCACUGAUGAGUUGUUAGGCUUGAAUGUCACCACAAAUACCGGUGGAACCAGUGGUGAUGGAAGUCAAGGCAAGAGAAAGAGGGUUGUAGGAGGCGGUGGGAGGAAAAAGCAAAAAGUUCUUGCCUCAAUGAAAAUAGCAGAUGCGAUGAGUGAAAUAGCUAAGGAUAACAGAGUUAGAAUAAAGACAAUAAAUAAGAUUUUGGCAAAUGACAUAGGAGUUUUUGAGGUUGUAGCUCACCUAAAUGGACUUCUAGAAGUUUUUAGUGAUAAAGAUUUGCAUUGGAGAUGUGUCAAUCUUGUCUUGUACAAGCCUAUGCGAGAUGCUUAUUGGCAACUUAAAGACCAUCCUAAUCACUUGGUCAAUUGGUUGAAGCACCAAGUCUACCAUCUAUCAAAUUUUAUUUCAAAGAAUACAUCAAGAUGA